UCUGCGCUGGGAUGAAAGUGAGAGAAAGAGGCCAGUCAGGGAAAAGUCGGGGAAAAAUAAAAAAGGCGAGGAUCAUUGCAAGCUCUCAAAAGCAGGAACGACAUACAACAACGUCAAAUACGUGAUCUGGGCGGGCCUCUGCACUCGAAGUAAUCAGAAGUUAUACCGGAGAAUAUCUGAAAAUUUCUAUAGCUCUGCGUCUGAGGACCAAUGUUUUCGGCUUUCGUCCGUCGUGUGCUUGCAUCUCCAUCGUAUGGAAUACAGCUAUAAAACAUAAAAGUAGUACUUUCAGCACUCGGUGCAAGGACAGCUCCGCACACACCGCAGACUGGCUUGUAAAUGUGUACGACGGACGUUCUUAUGGAACAGCUCUGACCAGCGUUCAUCAGAAAUUCAUUUUCAUUUUUAUUGAAGAAGAAGAAGAAGAAGAAGAAGAGGAAGAAGAAUAAGAGACUACCGUUGAGAAAGCCGCGAUCGUACUUUCUUCUCGACAUGUACCAGGGGCAUUCGCAGGGGAAAGACUCUAGGGCUGCAGAUAAGACUGUUGCCAUGGUGCUGAAGGAGAUUCCCAGUAAAGCGUCUUCUGAAGGAAACCCCCUCCUCACCGUGACAACCAAGCUGGUGAGUGAGCAGCAAGAAAGUCGCCCCCUCCUGAGCCCCUCCAUCGAUGACUUCCUGUCAGAAAGCAGGUGUGAUGCCACCGCCCACCCAGUGACCUCCAACACAGCAGUUUUGUCCACAGCCCUGGAUUUGGUGGAUCUCAGUGAGCCAAGCGAGAAGAGGAAAAGCAAGGGUAAAAAGAGUCCACUGAUGUCCCGAGGGGAGAGCCCGAAGUGCACACACCACAAGAACAAAUCAGAGGAGACGGAUCGAGUCCAGGUGGACGUCAAGCAUGCCACUCCCAACUUGCAGCCCCUCCAGAUAUCAGUGGAUACAGCCAGUAUCCCUACCUCCUUGGAGAAAUGGGAAGAAUUGAACCUUCAUCCCGAGAGAAGUGGCAGCAGGAAGUGGAAGUGGGAGAGAAAGUGUUCCUCAAAACAUUCUUCUAGCGAAUUCCUCUGGUCCACAGAGUACAAGUCUGAUUCAGUCUCAAAAAACUCUUUGGAAGUCAUUACACAUGGAGAAGUGGAAACCAGUCCUGUGUCUCAGUGUCACAUGACAAAGGAGCCAAGGUGGCGGGGUCCCUUCCUAUCCCGAAACCACUCCUUGGAGGAGGAGUUUGAGCGAGCUAAGGCAGCAGUUGAGUCCGAUACUGAAUUUUGGGAUAAAAUGCAGUCUGAGUGGGAGGAGCUUGCAAAAAGAAACUGGCUUGAAGACAUGGAGGCGGAAGGCCAGAAUCUACCCAACAUCUCGCCACAUGAGAAGGGUUACUACUUUCACACGGAAAAUCCAUAUAAAGACUGGCCCAAUGCCUUUGAAGAGGGCCAACAGAAAUCCCGAGAGGGGGAUCUACUAAAUGCUGUCCUGCUGCUGGAGGCGGCUGUCCUGCAGGACCCACAAGAUUCUGAGGCCUGGUUAGUGCUGGGGACCACACAAGCGGAGAAUGAGAAUGAACAAGCAGCCAUUGUGUCUCUCCAGCGGUGUCUGGAGCUCAAUCCAAAUAACCUGCAGGCUCUAAUGGCUCUGGCCGUGAGCCUGACCAAUAUAGGCAUGCAGCAGACCGCUUGUGAAGCCCUGCAUUCCUGGAUCCAACAUAACCCCUGUUACAAGCACCUGCUCAAGACCAACAACCAACUAAGCAGCUCACCCACAAACCAACAAAGGAUGCCCCAUACCUCUGCCCAGGGAAGCUCCCUUUUGGUGGAGGUGAAAGAAGUAUUCCUAGAGGCUGCUCAGCUGAACCCAGAUGUAAUCGAUCCUGACCUGCAGACAGGCCUUGGUGUGCUCUUCAACCUCAGCUCUGAGUUCAACAAAGCUGUGGAAGCCUUUAAUGCAGCCCUUUCCGUGCGACCAGAGGACUACCUGCUGUGGAACCGCCUCGGGGCGACACUGGCGAAUGGGGAUCGCAGCGAGGAGGCGGUGGAGGCCUACACCAAGGCACUGGAGUUGCAGCCUGGCUUCAUCAGGUCCCGCUACAACCUGGGCAUCAGCUGCAUCAACCUGGGCGCUCACAGGGAGGCAGUGAGCAACUUCCUGACAGCCCUGAACCAACAGAGAAGGAGCAGGAGUCACCAGGUCAUGUCCAGCAACAUCUGGGCAGCCCUGAGGAUUGCACUCUCCAUGAUAGACCGACCGGAACUCUUCCAGGCUGCCAACAUUGGGGACUUGGACCUACUCAUGAAGGCCUUCAAUGUGGACAUAUGACCUUGAGCGCCUGUCACAUGUAAUAAGCCAAGAAUCCAAAGUUGUGUACAUAUUCAAAGAAAUCUAACUGCCUUUUCCCCUUUCCUUUACAUGGUACAGAAGUAGCCAUUUUGAAAAGCACAUUUGCAAGCAUAGGUUGAGUGCUUGAAGACACUAUUGCGAUGUUUUUGCACUGCGAUUAGGGACUUCCCUGAAGAGCAUAAGGAUUUAUGAAGAUAGUACAAGUAUGCCUUACAGCAGUUCCACCUAAAUGGUUGUGUACAUAUUCAGUGGAAUGUAGAAAACUGAGGCUAAUGCCACUAAGGCCCACAUGGGCUUCCCAGGUCAUAUAUUUCAUGAUGGUCAGAGUGGUCCAGACACUGAAUCGAUUGAAUGCAAAGCUCAGCUUCUGUGCAGCAACAGAUUACCUGUUUCAAUUCAUGGGAAUUUUCUUUGGAGAUUAUUGUAUUCAUUGACUUUAUAUUACUGUUUCUCUUCAAUAAGUUAUGAAGGAAAAUAGACUGCAUGGAAACUAUUUCCAAAUGAUAAUUCAAUUAAUCAUUUCAUUCUACCUUCCAGGGAUCUACAAGCAGAAAGCCUUACUUAAAAUGCAUGCCAAUCAUUCAGAUUUUCCUUUUUUACAAGCUACGCUAACCACUGAACAUGAGACCCCUCUGGCACAUUUAAUUUAAUACUGAAAGCCAUGUCCACCUUUACACGUGACUGCUCCUACGUAAGUCUCUACAAGAGUGUUCUCAAUGUUCAAUAAUGACUCAGGUUUUUUAUUUAUGAAUUUAUUUUUUAUUUUGGUUGCUCUCCCUCUGUAACCCACUUAAGGCCAGUUUAUAGUCUAGCAACAGUGUCGCUCAAAUUAAUUAGUGGAAUAUUCAUGAAUGUUCUAUCAUCGCCCUACAUUGACAGAGGCUGUUGUCGUUGGUAAAAAGUAUAAACACACUACAGCAACAUUCCAGCAACAGCUGACACUGAGAGGAUAAUGGAGGAAGAAGCAGCUUUAAUACAUGUGAUUAUGUCUGUUGCUCCUCAAAAGGAGAAAGCAUACACUGAAGGCAUAUUUUUGUGAUAUAGCCUAAGUACAAGGGAGCAUUCGGAGGAGUACAAUUCUCUAGUUAGAGAAUGCUUGAGGUUCAAAGAUGUGGAUUUCACCAGAAUGCCACUGAGCUUAUUUGAUCAGAUUCUGUCACUUGUUGUAACAAAUCUGCAACACAGGCUAACUCACAAGCCAAUAUCGCCCACUGAAAGAUUAACCUUAACCCUAUACGAUAAUGUACGUAGGCUACUGUUAAUAACAUUGGAUUUGUUAAUAACAUAAGUUGCUGUUAAAGCAAAUAACUUCAGUACAUUCACAGGAGUAGCCUACAUAAACGCUUGCUAUCUAGAUUGCUCACCACAAAUGUGUCAUUGUAACUAGCCUAUUCACAACACCAAAUAUUAACAUUGGUAAUUUGUACUGUAACAUGGCUGCAGCUGCUUCCUGUGUUGGAUUGUAGCCGAGCAUCUCAUUAUCAACAGUCUAGCUAAGCAUCAAUCAUUGAAAUUACAUUGUUAUCAAUAAUAAUUGUAAAUUGUGCCAAUUUGUAAUGCUAUUCACAUGCUUGCUAUGCAGGACAGUUAUCUAACCUGAUAGUCUGCUAAGGGGCUGCCCUACAUUAUACAAGUUGCGGGCUCCUGAUUUUUCUAAUUGGGAUUCAACUGGUUUACGGGCCCAUUGUUUUUUUAGAUGUCAAAAAAAUUUGGGGACAGUCGGCUUGAAUUCAUCAGGUGUGAGUGGUCAUGCGAGCCGAUUCUGUGUUUCAAUUCCUGUUGACCAAUCAGGAGGUUGCUCUGUGUAUGAGGUUUUGCC